UUGUGUGGCCAACCCUCUUUUUCUCUCUCUCCAUCACUCCAUUUUUCUUUAGCACUUUCUCUUUGCUCUCUGUGCUUGCUCUCCUGUUGUCCUUCAUUUCUUUCAAAAGUCAGUUUUCCUCUGUAAAGCACGUGGGCGUUCAAGGUCAUCAGUAUAAAAUGAAUGUGAUUUUCGAUUAAAGAGAGACCAGAGAGGCUGUUGGGAGUGUGGUGACGUGAACAGAAACGGUUGCCUUCCAGAUUUUCACAGCAGCAAUCAGCAGUACGCAGAUCACACUUACCCUGCGUUACGAUGCCUCUAUUGAGAGAUCUUCGGAAGAAAGAUGACAUUAAUGCUGUUUAUGAGCUGAAAGAAAAACUGGGAGAGGGCUCGUUCUCUGAGGUUCGAGUGGCUCAGCACAGAUGCACUCAGAAGCUUGUGGCUGUCAAGUGCAUCCGCAAGAGAGCGCUAAAGGGAAAAGAAUCCAUGCUGGAGAAUGAGAUUGCAGUAUUACGCAGAAUAAAUCAUGAAAACAUUGUCUCUUUGGAGGAAACCUUUGAGACUCCUUCUAAACUGUAUUUGGUAAUGAACCUGCUGACAGGAGGGGAACUGCUGGACAGGAUUCUGGAGAGAGGCAGUUACACAGAGAAAGAUGCCAGUCGUGUGAUAUAUCAGGUGCUGCAGGCGGUGAAGUAUCUGCACCAGCUGGGCGUUGUGCAUCGAGAUCUAAAGCCAGAGAAUUUACUGUAUGAGACUCCAUUAGAAGAUUCCAAAAUUGUCAUCAGUGACUUCGGUCUGUCUAAAAUGGAAGAGCAGGGUGCUCUUUCCACGGCCUGUGGGACACCUGCCUAUGUUGCUCCUGAACUUCUACAGCAGAAAACAUAUGGUAAAGAGGUGGAUCUCUGGGCCAUUGGGGUCAUUACAUUUAUUCUACUUUGUGGCUAUCCUCCAUUCUACGAUGACAAUGACACACAACUCUACAGGCUGAUCAUAAAGGCUGAAUAUGAAUUUGAUUCACCAUACUGGGAUGACAUCUCUGACUCCGCGAAAGACUUCAUAGUUCACUUACUGCAGAAGGAUACAGCGAAGAGGUUCAAUUGUGACCAGGCCUUGCAGCAUCCUUGGAUAUCAGGAGGUGCGGCUCUAGACAAGAACAUCCACGGCUCAGUGUCGGCACAGAUUCAGAAAAACUUUGCCAAGAGUCACUGGAAGAGAGCCUUUAAUGCCACCAACAUCGUGCGUCAUUUAAAAAAGAAAACCCACUCCGGGGAAGACGAUGAAGGGAAUCACUCCACAAGUAUAGGGACCAUCUGACAAUCUACUGGCAGAAAACCGAGGCUCUGUGAAAGAAAUAGUUCACCAAACAUGAAAACUGUGUCAUUUACUCAUGCUCAUGUUGCUCCAAAUCCUUAUGACAUUCGUUUUUGGCCCUCGUUGUGUGAACAAUGAAAGAAGCAGUGAACAAGUUCUUGAAGAUCCAAAAAGGAAACAAAAUAAUCAUCAAAACAAUUGGUUAUGAGACAUGU